AUGCUCCGAAAAACACGCUUCGUCUGCGUCUCCGAUACCCAUGGCUACACGCCAUCCGAGGCAGGGUUCAAGCUGCCGACCGGCGACGUGCUGAUACACGCAGGCGAUCUCACGAACCACGGCAGUGCCUCCGAGCUCCGUAGGACGAUAGAUUGGAUCUCGCAGGCCGACUUUGAAAUCAAGAUCAUUGUGGCUGGGAACCACGACGUCACCAUUGAUCCAGAAUUCUAUGCAAAGCACGGACAAGGCUCUCACGGCCAGCGGCUCGAAGAUCCCCGCCGCUGUAUGGACAUCGUCACAGGAGCGGGCCCCUCGGUAGUCCUGCUUCACCACCAGCCAGCGACCAUCCACCUCGCCCGAGCAGACGGUCCAAACACCGCUUUCAAGGUCUUUGGGUCUCCCUACUCGCCGGGCCAAGGCGACUGGGCCUUCGGAUACGAGUCUAGUGCUGCGGCCGCGCUCUGGGACCAGAUCCCGUCCGACACGGACAUUCUUGUCACCCAUACGCCACCACAGUCUCACUGCGACCAGAAGCCUGGCGGAACGGCUGUCGGGUGUGAUACGCUUCGCCAGGCCCUGAGCCGCAUCCGGCCGCUUUUAGCAGUCUGCGGCCAUGUGCAUGAGGGCCGGGGCUAUGAACGAGUUCGUUGGGGGCCCGCAGAUAUAGGGGCAGGACGCGAGGCUGACGGCGUGGAGGCAGUUUUUCGAGGAAGUCUCCCAACUGCGGGCAGCAGGAAGCAAAGCCUGGUUGAUCUGACUGGCAAGCGGGCAGAGCGCCUGGAGAACGAGGGCUUCGCGUGCUCGAAUCUGGGGUCGGGGCUGGGGGAUGAGGCGAGGGAGAUGUCAUCAGCCUCGCGUGGGUCAGCUGCAGGUGCUGUGCCUGGUGCGGGCGGGCAAACAGACUCCUCCAGUGCUGGUGCUGGUGGUGAUAGUUAUGUUGGUUGUAAUCCGCCCCUGGGCGCGGAUCGCCCUGGCGCCUCGGGUCAUCAUGGCUUGCAACCGCUCAGAAGGGAGACAUGCAUCGUCAACGCCGCUAUCAUGGCGACCAGCUGGCCGCAUCAGGGAGGCAAGCGGUUCAACGCGCCGAUCGUGGUCGACGUCGAGCUCCCGGUCUGGCAGGCGUGA